CCAAAAUCAUAACAACAACAACAACAAAGCUAAAUAAACAAUCCUCAACUUAUAAAAAAUGAGUUUCACUAACUAUUCUCGUUUCCUAAUAGUUUUUGUAGCUCUCGUAGGUACUCUUGUUCUUCCUACAAAGGCUCAAGACAGUCCACAAGACUAUCUAAGGGUUCAUAACCAGGCACGAGCAGCGGUAGGCGUAGGCGCCAUGCAAUGGGACGAGACGGUUGCAGCCUACGCUAGGAACUACGCAAACCAACUAAGAGGCAGCUGCAGACUCGUACACUCGGGUGGGCCUUAUGGGGAGAACUUGGCCUGGGGUAGUGGCGACUUGUCUGGUGUCUCGGCCGUGAACAUGUGGGUUAACGAGAGGGUUAACUACAACUACGCUGCGAACACGUGCAAUGGAGUUUGCGGUCAUUACACUCAAGUUGUUUGGAGAAACUCAGUGAGACUUGGAUGUGGUAAAGCGAGGUGUGAUAAUGGUGGAACCAUCAUCAGUUGCAAUUAUAGUCCUCGUGGGAACUAUGUUGGCCAGAAGCCUUACUAAUGUGUGAUCAUGCAUAUACACAUAUAUAGUAACACACGUACAUAUAAAGGACGUGUCUAUAUAUAUAUUUCAAUAAGAAGCAUCUUAUGUAGGAUGUGUAUCAAUAUUUAUUAAGUAAUAAAAGCUGAACUAUCCAUUUAUCUUUCAUCCGUA